AUGUUUCAUGGGCCAAUACCUGCCGAGCGAUAUUAUUCAUACUUAACAUGCCGUGAUAUUGAUACGAUGCCUAAUAAGACCAAUGUCAUACUGAUUCAACCAAUAGGUGCUAUUGAACAGCAUGGUGCACAUUUACCUUUGAUAACUGAUGAUGCCAUUGGUCUGCAAGUUAUUGGCAAGACACUCGAACAAUUUUCUUCAUGUGACAAUCCUGUUGUCUACGUUCUUCCACCUCAACAUUCGGGUCGCUCAACUGAACAUAUAUCAUUUCCGGGUACAAUUAGCUUGAGUGUCACAACUUUGACAAGCGUACUUAUGGACAUUGCUGACAGUGUGUAUCGGAGCGGAUUUCGGAAGCUCGUAUUUUUUAACUCACAUGGUGGUCAACCACAAGUAAUCGAAAUUGUGGCACGUGAACUGCGACAACGCUAUUCAGACUUUCUGCUCUUUCCUAUCUUCAUAUGGCACUUACCCAAUGUUGGUCAGACAUUGGUAACAUCGAAUGAAUUCAAAUAUGGUAUACAUGCGGGUGAUAUAGAGACGAGCUUAAUGCUCACUUUUUUGAACAAAUAUGUAAGAAUGAAUCUAGCAGAAAAAGAGUAUCCAUCAAUGUGCAUGAGCGACAAAAAUUUGUUGGGUAUCGAAGGCGGUCUAGCUUGUGCAUGGGUAACUAAGGAUUUGAGUCAAUCAGGUGUUGUUGGUGAUCCAACUGGAGCGACGCAAGAUAAAGGUGAAAAAAUUCUUGCUUCACUUAUUGCAAGCUUUAAAAAACUACUUGAAGAAAUUGAUGUAUUUCAUUUUUAG